AUAUCGGGUACACAUUGAAAGUUGAUGAGAAGAGUGAUAUUUACAGCUACGGGGUCGUUCUCAUGGAACUUCUAACUGGAAAACGGCCACUAGAUCCUGUAUUUGGAGAAUCUGUUGAUAUAGUUGAAUGGAUUCGAAUGAAGAUUAGAGACAACAAAGCUUUAGAAGAAGCAUUAGACCUGAGUGUCGGAGGGACCAAACACGUCCAAGAGGAGAUGCUUUUGGUCCUUCGGAUAGCACUUCUUUGUACAGCCAAGCUCCCUAAGGACAGACCUUCCAUGAGGGAUGUCAUAACGAUGCUUGGAGAAGCCAAGCCUCGGAGAAAAAGCAGCAGCAGCAGCAACAAUGGUGGGACUCCCACCAGCAAAGAUAAGCCAGUAUUUAGCACAUCACCUGUAAAUGGCCUGUGA